AUGGCUUUGAAUUGCAUUUCCGAACUAUUCACACCUCCUAUAAUCUUUACGACUGGAUCCGCCGAAAUACGCCCAGAAAGCCUUAUCGGCACAAGAUUGACCGUGUUCAGAGCGUUCUUGAGGAAGAAAGAAUUGACAUUGAACUAAACAAAUGUAUAUCUGAGAAGGAUCUUUCAGAUUCUGAUCUGCAGAUUUACAACGAGGUUCGAACUAAUGUAGCUAAAUCGCUUGCCCUGAAUAAUUCAAGAAAUUUUGCAGUCAUUCAUUUUGCUGGCAAGCAGUUUAAAGUUACAAAUAACGAUUUAAUUUCCGCAAAAGCCCCACUUUUGGAGGCCCAGCCUGGUGAACUAAUUCGUUUCGAAAAGGUACUGCUAGCAGGGAAUUCCGACUUCACAAUAGUUGGAAGACCUAUUCUUCCCAGAAACAAUGUCCUGGUUACCGCUAUGGUGGUUGAAAAGACACUUCAGCAUCCUUCGCUUUGGUAUCAGUUUCAUCGAAGAAGACGUCAUCGAGUUAUGCGAGUGUUCCAGGACAAUCUUGUCACUCUGCGUAUUGUAGAUGUAUGCAUUGAAAACCUGUAA